GUUGUGGGUUGGGAUGGCUUUCUCUAGCAUACGCACACUAUUUUAACACCAUUCCCUCUGUCUCAUCCUCUUCCCUGUACACGGUUCUGAUAGAUGGCUAGAUCUUUAAUGGGACCAUGGCUUUGGGCUCUCCCGGUUCUGCCACUGUGGUUCAUCGAGCAUGUCACUUCUCAACUCUGGAUCUGUGUCCAGAUCAGUAAAAUAAGAGACUUGGACUUAGUAGGUGACCUCUAGGUUUCCUUCCAGACUAUUAAUUCUGUGGUACUGUGUACUCAUUUAGGGCCCUUAUAGUUGAGUUUUGAGAUGGGGUCUUGCUCUGUCACCCAGGCUGGAGUGCAGUGGCAGAUCUCAGCUGACUGCAGCCGCCUCCCGUGUUCAAGCGAUUCUUGUGCCUCAGUCUCCCGAGUAGCUGGGAUUACAGGCGCGAUCCAGCAUGCCUGGCUAAUAUAUAUAUAUAUAUAUUUUUUUUUUUGCUAUUUUUGGUAGAGACAGGGUUUUACCAUGUUGCCCAGGCUGGUCUUGAACUCCUGGGCUCAAGUGAUCUCCCGCCUUGGCCUCCUAAAGUGCUGGGAUUACAGGCAUGAGCCACCACUCCCAGCCCAGCUCGUCUUCUGAAAACCCUUUAGGGAUGGAGAACUUGGGCCUUUCUUUUUUUUUUUUUUUUUUUUUGAGAUGGAGUCUCGCCCUGUCGCCCAGGCUGGAGUGCAGUGGCGUGAUAUCUCGGCUCACUGCAACCUCCACCUCCCGAGUUCAAGCAGUUCUCCUGCCUCAGCCUCCUGAGUAGCUGGGACUACAGGUGUGCCCCAUCGUGCCCAGCUAAUUUUUGUAUUUUUAGUUGAGAUGGGGUUUCACCAUGUUGGCCAGGCUGGUCUCGAACUCCUGACCUUGUGAUCCACCCGCCUCGGCCUUCCAAAGUGCUGUGAUUACAGGCGUGAGCCACCGUGCCUGGCCACCUUUCUUUAAUCCUAAAGCUGGAGGAUUGGGUUUUACCUGUCAGGGACAGAAGCAGAUGUUUAUUACAAUGAAAGCUACAGCAACUGAACUCGCAGUGCCAAGAUGCUGUAUUAUCCAAACAUGCUCAGCAGUCCUAUGUGGCUGAAAAAAGAUGAAGAGCAGAAGUCAUCUUGCCUGCAAGAUGGAGCUUUUCCUUUAGAGCAUCUCAAAGCAAGCCCUGUUGUUCUGCAGCCUGUCAGAGCAGGGCCAUUAAAGAACCUGCAGAAUCAGAACCAUCCUGCACCCCCUUUUCAAACUCCCCCCUUAAAUAGAAAAAAGUAGUGGGUGAGAAUGACAAAGCACGUUGCCCUGGAAAUCUCUUGGGUCCAAGUAGCUGUAUCCCUAACGAUGAUCCUACAGGAGCUUGCCUGACCCAGUCUCCAACACAGUCCUUUAUUUCUUACAGAUACAAGGAAUAGAGCAGCACUGCAUUGCCACCUCUAAAUUGCUCUCCCCUGAGAUGGGAGUAUCUCCUCUUUCAUCCAUGUCACAGCCCAAAGAGAAGAAGGGUGCACCCCUGUGAGAUGAGAAUGGCAUCUGUCUCUUUGAUCCAUCAGUUAUAUACUGAGGCAUCAAAGGUGGGAGAUGGAAUCAGGGAAUCAAAAGGGUUUAGGAAGUGUGAGGAUUGGCCAUCCUACCUUUAAGAGUUUGCAGUUCUCAUGAGGAAGGGGACAUUACUUACAAAUGAUUUAAAAAAUUCCUUAUGUGGCAGCUAUAUGCUUCUGUCCAGUGUUAACUGGCCCUUUUUAAUAGCCCUGGUAAUUCCCUUCAGUCUGAGGACAAAAUUUUACAAGAAGGAGGGUGGGGAGAUGUCUCUGGGAGCUGCUGGAGGGAAUGAAGCAAUACUACAUAUUCUUCACUUUCUUACAGGAUAGCAAAGUACUCCUCCAACCACCUACAGAUAAAAAGCAAUCUAGCCAUGCACGGUGGCUCACACCUGUAAUCCUAGCACUUUGGGAGGCCGAGGCAGGCGGAUCACCUGAGGUCAGGGGUUCGAGACCAGCCUGGCCAACAUGGUGAAACCCCAUCUGUACUAAAAAUACAAAAAUUACCUUGGCGUGGUGGUGGGCGCCUGUAAUCCCAGCUACUUAGGAGGCUGAGGCAGGAGAAUCGCUUGAACCUGGGAGGUUGCAGUGAGCCCGGAUCGCUUCAUUGCACUCCACCCUGGGCGACAAGAGCAAGACUCUGUCUCAAAAAAAAAAAAAAAAAAAAAAAAAAAGACAUCUAGUAUGGCUGAUAGGAGAGCUCUAUGAGUUCAAAUUAGUCUUUUUUUACCCUGUCUCAAAAAAAAAUGAAAAAUAAAAAUAAACUCCCCUUAAAUGUUAAAUGAGCAUGAACAGAAACUGUCCCUUCCUGAAUUCAGCCAUUAUUCACCUGUUCGCCUUAGAUGAAGAAUCAAGGAACAGCAGCUCUGGGGGGAUGGGAGGAGUUAGGGUCCGGCCCUGCCCCAGACCUCUCAGUGUCCAAUUUCUCUGUGUCAGCUGUGUUUCUCAGCUGUCCACUUUCCUCCAGCCCUGUCAUUUCAGCCCUGACACCAAGGCAGGAGGCUAGGAGGUCUACAAAUAGCGACUGGGUAGCUGGUGUGAACACAGGGGGUACUGGGGGGGCUUAGCCCCCAAGGAAGAGGACCAGUUUUUCCCCAGCACCACCAUCAAGGCCUCGGGGCUCCCAGCUCCCUCUACAGACUGUGGACUGACUUAGGGAAUCCCGAACGAUGACAGAAAAGGAGGUGCUGGAGUCCCCUAAGCCCUCCUUCCCAGCAGAGACUCGGCAAAGUGGGCUACAGCGGCUAAAGCAGUUACUCAGGAAGGGUUCUACAGGGACAAAGGAGAUGGAACUUCCCCCAGAGCCCCAGGCCAAUGGGGAGGCAGUGGGAGCUGGGGGUGGGCCCAUCUACUACAUCUAUGAGGAAGAGGAAGAGGAAGAAGAGGAGGAGGAGGAGCCACCCCCAGAACCUCCUAAGCUGGUCAACGAUAAGCCCCACAAAUUCAAAGAUCACUUCUUCAAGAAGCCAAAGUUCUGUGAUGUCUGUGCCCGGAUGAUUGUUCUCAACAACAAGUUUGGGCUUCGCUGUAAGAACUGCAAAACCAACAUCCAUGAACACUGUCAGUCCUAUGUGGAAAUGCAGAGAUGCUUCGGCAAGAUCCCACCUGGUUUCCAUCGGGCCUAUAGUUCCCCACUCUACAGCAACCAGCAGUACGCUUGUGUCAAAGAUCUCUCUGCUGCCAAUCGCAAUGAUCCUGUGUUUGAAACCCUGCGCACUGGGGUGAUCAUGGCAAACAAGGAACGGAAGAAGGGACAGGCAGAUAAGAAAAAUCCUCUAGCAGCCAUGAUGGAGGAGGAGCCAGAGUCGGCCAGACCAGAGGAAGGCAAACCCCAGGAUGGAAACCCUGAAGGGGAUAAGAAGGCUGAGAAGAAGACACCUGAUGACAAGCACAAGCAGCCUGGCUUCCAGCAGUCUCAUUACUUUGUGGCUCUCUAUCGGUUCAAAGCCCUGGAGAAGGACGAUCUGGAUUUCCCGCCAGGAGAGAAGAUCACAGUCAUUGAUGACUCCAAUGAAGAAUGGUGGCGGGGGAAAAUCGGGGAGAAGGUCGGAUUUUUCCCUCCAAACUUCAUCAUUCGGGUCCGGACUGGAGAACGUGUGCACCGCGUGACGAGAUCCUUCGUGGGGAACCGCGAGAUAGGGCAGAUCACUCUCAAGAAGGACCAGAUCGUGGUGCAGAAAGGAGACGAAGCGGGCGGCUACGUCAAGGUCUACACCGGCCGCAAGGUGGGGCUGUUUCCCACCGACUUUCUAGAGGAAAUUUAGGCGUGCGGGCGCCUGCAAGCGGGAGACACCCACACCCCAUUCUGGGCGGGCCCAGUGGAGUUUGGGGAGGGGGGCGAAAGCAACGGGACUGCUGGGAGAGGAGGGGUAGGAAGGCCCGCCUGAGCGCGACGGGGCUGCCGGGAAGGGACUGGUUCUCGCCCCCUACCCCAGCCUGGAGCCUCGGAUACCUGCUGCCCAGAGCAGCCCGGACCCGAAACCUUUCAGGCCCCGCUUGCAAGAGCUGGAAAAAAACGCGUAUCUACUAGGAGGAGCCAGGGACUGGGGCGGGGGGCGGGGGGCGGGGGCGAGGGAGGGCGAACUGUCGAAUGUUGCGAAUUUAUUAAACUUUUGACAAAACUUAGAAAAGUUGUUAUUUAACUGGGGUUGAGGAGAGGGCCUACGGAGGGGUGGAGAAUCCUCCCUAGCUGU